CACGUUACUUAUGACGUUGCCAUGGGUGUUGCAUCGUGAUUGCUGCUUGGUGAGCGCUGGUCUUUUGUUUGUAGGGAAGUUCCGCCUGCACCUCAGGCAGCACCUGACACCGAGCGGUGAAGUGUCGCUGGAAGAAGUCGCAGCGCGUCGUGCGUAAGCUCAUUUGAAGCACUCUUCAUCACCGAGCCUGAUGUUGGAUCGUGGGUCAAAUGCUUCUGGAUUUUCACCCCGUAGCGCUCACUGUACUGUUGUUUGUCAGUGAAACGCUAGGAAGCGCCGCUGACAGCGAUGGGAUCAUCACGUUUCCCGUGCGGCCUGCCGUGCGUCCGAUCAACUUUACGAGCAUCGAAGGCAAACCCAUCGAAGGGGCCGCUGCGGAGGGCUUCAUCGCGAAAGUUUACCUCGGAACGCCCCCACAACAGAUAAAUUUAUACGUAGAUACAGGGAGCAGUGACAUAGCAGUUGCAGCGUCUGAUGACAACAACUUGACCACAUACUUCUUUAGAAACAGGUCAGCAACUUACAUGUCGGGUGCAGAAGAUGUGUCAAAGAAGUUUGUUACAGGCGGAUACAAUGGAACUGUUGGCAGUGACAUUUUGCGAGACAUGGUGACGUCAUCACUUAGGGUCCCACUUAUUGCCAUAGCUUCCUCGAAAGACAUGUUCCCAGCACAUGCACAACGACAGGGCCUAUGGGGCCUAGCCUUCCCACACCUCACCAGGCAAGAAAGUUUCAUGGAGGCCCUGAACUCCCAAAAAGGCAUCAGUCAUUUUGUGCUCUCAUACUGUGAUAAGCACGAAAUGGACUCGGCACAAAAUUUUGGAACGCUGAGCUUCAAGGGCAGCAUUCCUAAUGGAACACUUUUUACACCCGUGUUUAUGCCUACAUUCUUUUCGAUUUACGUGGCAAACAUUAGGGUCGGUGCAAUCGAAUGGCCAGGCUUCUGUAGUGAGCUGAACGACGACCCUGCAAUAAUCGACACUGGGGCCACAAACCUGCUGCUGCCGAAAGACGUGUUCCUUUGGGUGUUCGACACUCUUAACGCACAGGGCAAGUACAACCUUUCGGCAGACAUCAACACUGUUUACUGCCUGGAAGAUGGAUUUCUAGUGAAUGACUUCCCACCCCUGGAGAUACUUAUGCCGGACGCACAGGGCAAGAUUUUCAUGCUGAUUAUCCCGCCGUCUGUCUACUUUCAAGAGGUCGCACUAAAGCGGGGUGACCACGGUUGUUACAAGCUUGCAGUCGCUCCGUCACCAUCGGGCAUUAUGAUUGGCUUUGCUGUUGUCCGAGGGCUGACCACGGUAUUUGAUUUGGGCAACAGGCGUGUUGGAUUCGCACCCCUCCUCUGCAAUGCGAACGACGUGAUAGUCAAGUAUGCUGACAAGGACUAUGCAGGCCACUCAUGUGUCUGGGAGCUCCCGACAAUGGGUCCCAAGACUUGGACCGUCUUUGUCUACAUCAUCGUCUUCAUAUGCAUCAUGUGUGCCAUGCCAGUUGUCAUCGUAGGGCUGUUGUGGCUUAAACGUAGGAUACGUAUUUUCAGGUCCAGGGGAUCUUCCGACGGAGUUGGGCUUAUCAACAUUUAGCCAGAGUAUGUUUGGCAUUUAUUUUUCUUUCUUUUUUUAUGGGCACUUAAUCUUGUCUGGCCAGUGCCAACGUUUUAUUGUUCACUAGUUGCAUCUUUUACAAUUUUUACCUUUGCACACCUUUAUUUGUUGCUGCUUUUAACCUCAAUUUUACCUGGACGUAUUUUCAAACAUUUACAUUGUGACUAGGAACGCAUUUUGUACUGCAAUAAAGGUGGUCUGUUACAUUC